UAGAUACCGUUGAGAGCCCCUUUCUUUGGCAGGAACAGAGGCCAUUCUCUCUCCCUUUCCCUUUUACCCGUUCCUCUCUUCCUCCACCAUCUCCUCCAUGCGAUUCCACUCUAAAUGAAUUCGGACCGUUUGAUUGGCGUGAUGGGCUGUUGAGAAUCUCUGGAGCCUGUUUCUUGAUUGGGUUCGUAACUGCUGCGGCCUGCCACAAUGUUGUGCUGUGGAGGUGGGGAGGACGAGAAUUUCGGGCAGCCCAUCAACCAGUACACUGCACCACCGAACGGGAAUGCAUAUGGCAAUGACAGAGAGGCGAGAGGUCACAAUGCAGUCAGGGGCGGGGCACCUGCGAAGAUCUUACCAAUCGAGAUACCAGCUUUGUCUUUGGAUGAGCUGAAUAGAUUGACUGGUAAUUUCGGUUCAAAGUCUUUGGUUGGAGAAGGGUCCUAUGGUCGCGUUUUCCAUGCCACUUUGAGCACUGGCGAAGCUGUGGCGAUAAAGAAGUUGGAUGCGAGUUCUUCACAAGAGCCCGAUUCCGAUUUUGCAGCUCAGCUAUCAACGGUUUCAAGACUUAAGAAUGAGAACUUAGUUGAGCUGUUGGGCUACUGUUUGGAGGCAAAUAAUCGCAUUUUGGUAUAUCAGUUUGCAACAAUGGGUUCUUUACAUGAUAUCUUACACGGGAGGAAAGGAGUGCAAGGGGCAGAACCUGGCCCAGCCCUAAGCUGGAUCCAGCGAGUGAAAAUCGCUCAUGGUGCGGCAAGAGGUCUUGAUUAUCUUCAUGAAAAAGUGCAGCCUUCGAUAGUCCACCGUGACAUCAGAUCCAGCAAUGUACUCCUGUUCGAUGAUUUCGUGGCUAAGAUUGCUGAUUUCAAUUUAACUAACCAGUCCCCUGACACCGCAGCCCGUCUACAUUCGACCAGAGUCUUGGGAACUUUUGGCUAUCAUGCUCCAGAGUAUGCCAUGACCGGUCAAAUAACCCAAAAAAGUGACGUUUACAGCUUUGGGGUUGUUCUUCUAGAGCUUCUGACAGGAAGAAAGCCGGUAGACCACACCAUGCCCAAAGGACAACAGAGUCUUGUUACUUGGGCAACUCCAAGACUAAGUGAGGACAAAGUAAAGCAGUGCGUGGACCCAAAGCUAAACAACGAAUACCCGCCGAAGGCAGUUGCAAAGAUGGCAGCGGUUGCAGCAUUGUGUGUUCAGUACGAAGCCGAUUUCCGGCCUAACAUGACCAUUGUUGUCAAGGCUCUCCAACCUCUUCUUAACCAAAACAGGGCGGCCCCCAAUCCCCCCACAUGACUUGUUCUUAAUCAUUCUUUCAUUAGCACUAUGUUUUGUAUCCCCUCAAUUCAAUCCAAUACAAUUCUUGUA